GUUGGGGUGGUCUGGUAGGCACUUGGAUGCGCUCGCUUUGAGACGCAACGCGUGCCGUGUUCAGAACGUCCGUGUCGACGCGCGGCGUGUUGGCCCGGCGCGCGUUGGCCCACGUUCGGGCGGUCGCGCCGAGCGUACGUUUCCAGCCUGCGUGCGGAGCUCCGUGCCAACACGCUGCGGGUUGCGUGCUGUGUAUCGGCGACGGCGUCCUGCAGAGCGCGACUGCCCGCCCGGCCCCGACGGAAUCGGACGCGUUGCCCCUUGGGCCACUUUCCGCAGGCCCCCGACGUCAUGAUUUUUUUAAACCGUCAACCCCCAGAGAUCUCGACCCAUUCAUCCUGAGUCGUUUUUGCAUGGUCCCGAGGCCCGGCCGGCAAUGGCCCCCAGAGGCGGAAAGUAGCGAAAACCCUUCCGUCGUGAUUCUUUCACAACGCGAGGGGGUCUGGGUAAGUGACUCAGGCACCAUCUCCUUCGACGAGUACUGCUUCCGAUUCGGCCGGCGGUACCAAAUGGAGCUCAACCGCCGCAAGCGGGCCACCCGCGCCGCAGUCGGUGCCGGCCCCGGGGCCCGCGCGGCGGGCCCGCAGGGAGCCGCGGCGGCCCCGGAGGAGGCCGCGGACGAGCCCGAGGGCGACAGGAAGAGGCAGCAGCAGAGGAAACUCGAGGAGUGGAAGCUGCGGGCCGAGCAGGAGGAGCUGGAGAAGGAGCGGGAGGCGCUGCGGCGGGAGCGCGAGGAGCUCCAGCGCGAGCGCGAGCGCGUGGACGCCGAGCGGCGCGGGGCCUCCGGGCACGCCGGCAGCGGCGCGCCCGGCAACGAGGCCGCCGCGCAGGGCCUCUCGGCCGGCGCCCGGGUGAGGCUGCAGGGGCUCCAGGGCGCCGCGGAGCUCAACGGCAGGGCCGCCACCGUGCUGCGCUUCGAGGCGGCGUCCGGGCGCUACGUCGUGGAGCUGGACGGCAGCGGCGAGCAGAAGAGCCUCCGGGCGGGCUGCCUCGCGCCGCUGGCAGGCGGUCCGGCCUCGCCAGCCGGCGGCGGCGGCGGCGCGGCCGCCGGGCUGGGCUUCGUCGAGAGGGCGCAGGCGGCCACCCGCAGGGCCGUCGUCCAGGCGCAGGUCUGGGUGGCCGGCUCGGGCUAUCAGUGGUGGCAGAUCCUCCUCGGCGCCGCCGUGGUGCUCCUCGUGGCCGCCGCCUGGGCCCAGAACAGCGCCAGGUACUCGGCCGACGUCGGGCGCGCCAGCUCCGCCAGGACCUUCGCCGACGCCUCGGCCCAAGGCCCCGGCGCGUACGACAGCCCAGGCGGCCUGGGAGGCGACCGCGGCCUGGGCUCCCAGCGCCACGGGCGCGCCGGGGACGACCGAGCCCAGGGCUAUGGCCGUUACGACGACGACGACGACGACUCGCGCCGCGGCCACGGCGACCGCCGCGAGGGCCGCCGACAGCCGCGCCGCGGCGCCGACGAUUGGGACUACGAUCGGCGUGGCUACAGUCCGUACGACUACGGUGGCGGGUACAGCAGCAGCAGCGGCGAGGGCGAGGUGCUGGGCGGCAUGCUGAACGGGCUCGGUCUAAGCCGAGCCUCGCAGACCUACAUCGUUGUCGGGGUGAUUGGCGUCCUGUGCUGGAAGGGCAUCAUCCCCGUUCACCGCAUGGGAUGGUGGCAGCUCUACAUGCUGUGGAACAUGUUCUCGCCGUUCCUGCUAGGCACCCGGCGUCGGGGCGGCAUGGGCUAUGGCAUGGGCUACGGGGGCUUCGGCGGGGGCAUGAUGGGCCGGAGGGGCUUCUUCUGAACCGCCAGGAGCCCUGCUCACCUCCUGCUCGUCUGCCUCCCGCCCCUCAUCGUGCGCUUGUCGCGCUCAGCCCCAUGCCAGACGCCGCAACAGGAGCUAGCACAGCCGGCGCGUCCUGGCCUGGAGGGAGCGGCGUCGUCGUCUUCGGGGCGCCGGGGGGAGCAAAGAGCGCUCGUGAUCCGCUUGCUUUAAGUCGGGCGUGUCCCUCUACAGGAGGAAUGUUCAAGAAUAGUGCUCUUUUCACUAUUCAUGCAUUUUUUUGUUUGUAAAUCCGCUUGAAGGAUGACAUGCCCGACCUGACCGUACCCCGCUCUCACUUCCUCUUGACC